AUGACGAUAGCCGACGAGGAGGUGAACGCCGAGACAGAGGAUGCCAUCGAAGAAAGCCCCUGUAAUAGAUGGCACUGCCGAAAUGAAAAGGUCAACCACAUGUCCGGCAUCGACGUCGCCUACCUCGCCAUGGACAUCGAGGAGGGCGUCGAGGUCAUCUGGAACGAGAUCAUCUUUCAAGAAGAAUACAAAUCCGUCUUCCUCGAGAACGAGCCGGGAAUAAGAAACAACCUCGAUGCGCUCAAAAAUUUGGCCCAUCCGAAUAUACUCAAAUUCCAUGACUACUGGAUACAAGGGGUUGAUGGGCCUUGGACAAACUACCAAAACAAGGAAAUGAGGACGAUACGGGUCGUUUUCAUCACCGAAUACACUGGCGGCUCGGGCACUCUAAAGGACUUCCUCCGCAGAUCCGUCAAGGCACAGCCCUGCGAUAAAGUGAAAAACUGGACCCGAUGGUGCAAUCAAAUCCUCUCCGCUUUGCACUACAUGCACUCUCUUGGGACGAUCCACGGCAAUCUGAGCACCGACACAAUUUUCCUUCAGCACCAAGGCCUGCUCAAGAUUGGCUACUUUUACGUCGACCUGAUACGCAAUCACAGGGAUCCAAAGUUAAACACAAAGGUUCGAGGAUCACAGAAUCAGCGUUACUUCCCAGACGAGAAAUCUUCCUCUGCAUUCGACAUUUACUCUUUUGGUGUGAUUGCGCGCGAGAUGCUCAUCCCUUCUACCUUCGCUGAGGCCGAAUUGCAAAAGGCGGAGCCUGGAAAAGACGUUUCAGACUUCGCCGAGAGCCUAGUGACGUUCAGACAAAGGUUCACAUCCGAAAGCGACAAAGCUGAAUUCAUCGAGCUCUGUCUGAUGCCGGCGGACAGAAGGCCAGAAGCGAAAUUUCUGCUACGGCAUCAGAGUCUUUUCGAGUUAUCUCCCCUGCAAAUCCUCGCUGCACACACUGUUAAUCAAUUUCGAACGAUAAUCAAAGACAUAGACGGGAAUCUUAAAGAGCAUCAAGACGAGUACGACAAGAUCAUAGCAAUGUGCGUGAUGAGUGGCAAAGAAAUGAAAUUCACGAAACAGGACAACGCGCGACGCAAUUUGUACCAAGACCUCGACAGAUUGUUGCUGGACAUUCAAAGCGGCCUCUACCCGGUUAACGGUGGUGCUGGAGUAAGAGGGGAAGUCCUCAACAGUGAAAAAAUGGAGAAGCAUACAGAGCCGAGAGAAAUAACUUGUCCGCCGCAGAAAAUGGUCAAAGAGAGCGAGGAAAAGAAGUGCGAAGAGAAAAGAGCUGCUCACAUCGAGUGCCUAAUUACACAAGAGCCAAACGGAGGGGGAUACUCCAUCAUUAUCGAUGUUGAUCUGGCAGGUCCCUUGAAACCAGAAGAUAAAAAAGACGCAUCGAGAACACCGGAAUGCAAAAGACAUCUCGAGACAAAGCUAAACAGCGCUGACACUCCGGAAUCCAUCGCCCAGGAACUCGCCGACUUCGCCUUUAUAAGCGAGCAUGACGUAGAAGUCAUGCGCAUGGUGAUAGAGGAUCAAUAUAAGCUUGUACAGAACAUGGUCUUCACGAAUACGGCGCCAGUUCGCGAGACUCCAGGCGUGUAA